AUGCUCUAGGAAGCGUUAAGAAACUUCAAGGAACUUCGAGCCAAAUUUCAAAAGCUUGAUGCGCCAUCUCUUCCAGGACCUGUUAAAUUCCCAGAAGGUGUUUCUCAAAAGGGUGACACUGGAAGCAGACAGUCCACAAAGACUUUGGCCAGUGGGAAAUACCCCUCUUCCAACCACAAUGAGCCCCUACCAAACUGUGCCAGUGGUGACUCCCAGAUUCUUAAACCCCAGAAAGUGAAGUUGGCUCAGAAGAGUGACACUCAGAAAUGUUCUAAUUCCCUGGAACCUCCUGAGAGUUCUUCUGGUUCUUCAGUAAAUUCACAGAAGGCUUCUCUGCUGUUAGAUGUGAAUCAGUCAAAUGCUGAGAUAACCAAUAAGAAGAAAGUAAUGGUGAACAACAGCUUCAGAAAGAAGCUCUGGAACUGGGAGGUUUUAUCUCAGAAAAGUAAGAUGUCAUCAGUCUUUAUCCCUGCCAGUUGUGGAAUCAGGGCCUUCCAUCUGGAAGAGUGGAAAAGCAUGGGGCUUACUCCAGAGGAGCCCAGGAAAAAGAUGGAAAGAAAAGGAGGCCAGACCCUUCCUUCCCAGAGGCGCUUGAUGGCCCAAAGAAGAUUGUGUGCCACCUCUGAAGAUCCCACUGUUCGACUUUCUCAACAUAGCAGCAGGAGCCCAGCAAACCCCAGUCCUGAGAAGAGCCCGGCAGGGAGCACCUGCCACCCUGUCUAUGAUGGUGAGCUCACCAGCCAGGCCCCAGAGGACCAGCCAGAUGUCAGUCAUCCACAACUUCCCAACACCAAGCCACUGCCUUCCGUCAAGUCCCUGGGUCCUCCUCCCGCAAAGCCACCGAGGCCCCCGGUCGUGAACCUCCAGGCCUUCCAGACGCAGGCAGCUGCCCUUCCCAAGACCCACAGGGAAGCAGCUGGGGAGGAAGGCGACAUGCCUCCAGAGAGAGUUUUUAAUGCUGAAUUUGAAGAACCACAUAAUUCUGAGGCAACAAUUUCCUGUCUGAGACACUCCAGCAACUCCAUUAACCUGUGCACCACAAAAGAGAUGGCUGAUUCAACUUAUGAAGUCAGAAUUGAAGAACUCCAAAAGCCUUGGAAGAGUUUUCUCCAUCAAGGACUCAGCCUGAAGCAUGAAGACGAAGAUAAAAAAAUGAAGGAAAAAGAGCCGUGCAAAUUGGAACCACGGAAAACAGAAAAGGAUCUAUGUUCAGACUAUGUUUCCAAGGUGGGUGCCUAUGAAGACACACCUGGAAAAACACAGAUGGUGAAAGUCCACAGGGGUAGGAGGAGCACACCGGCCGGGAAGCAGGACGCUGAGAUUGACGUCAUCCAGACAGAGGACUGCCCCAUGGACCCCAAGCUGGCCAGACACUCCGAUGGCCACUGGGGGUAUGUGAAGGCCUUGGAGAUGACUAAAGAGACCCCAGGCCAAGGAGCCUUUAAGCCAAAUUCCAUCUCCGAGACGUAUGAUGAUGUUGAGUACCCUGGGAGAGAGGGGUAAAUACCAAAGUCAGAUUUCUCUAACUCAUUUGUCUCAGAUAAUGAAAAUAGUGAAGAAAUGUAUGAAGAGGUCUACGGAACAAAGAGCAACUACCCAAAGACAGAUUUAGAUGGAAAAGAAGCACUUAAAAGACUGCAGAGGUUCUUCAAGAAAGAAAAGGAUAGAUUUAAAAUGAAGAAAAGCAAGUCGAAAGAAAAUAUAAGUGCAUUUUCCAUUUCGCUGCCUGAUUUAGAACUUAGGUCUCAGGAAGUUAUUAUCUAUGAUGAUGUGGACAUAAAAGAAAAAAAGUCAAAUGAUGAAGAUAAACUAAAGACUUGGAAGCCCAAGUUUUUGAUAUCAAAGGGAAAAAAAGAGAAAAAUGGUGCUAAAGAAUCAGAAAGCUUAUCUCCCAGGAAUUUCUUCAAAACCAAGAAGCAAAACUUAGAAAAGAACAGAAUGGAAAGAGAAGAAAAACGUUUUAGAGAAAGAUUCGAGUAUGACAAAGAAAUUACUGUCAUGAACACAGCAGUGGCAUGUUCCAAUAAUUCAAGAAAUGGAAUAUUCGACUUGCCAAUAACCCCUGGAGAAGAACUGGAAGUCAUUGAUAUCACUGAAGAAAAUCUAGUGAUAUGUCGCAAUUCUAAAGGCAAAUAUGGAUAUGUGCUAAUUGAACAUCUAGAUUUCAAGCAUGAAGUUUAGUCACCUUAGGAAGAUCAAGAUCAAAUGGUACAGCCUGCACAAGUGAGAACUCGUUCUAAGGUCUCAGUCCUGCCUCACAUCAGUUUACGUGUCAGCAUGAGAUGGUGGAAUCUGUGGAAACUUUCAUCAGGAAUUUAGAGGAGAAAAACAAACCCUCCACAUUUAGAUGCAGAUUUUGCUCCUAAGCAGUUAUCUUUCAAUGUCUAUUUCAGUAUCUAUUUCACUGCUGGCUCAAGAGAAUGUGAAACAGUGUGUGUUGGCAUUCCAGCACGUGUUUAAUGAGCCAUGUCCAAAGUCAGAAAUCACGCCUUAUGGCACCUAGCCAGUUGUGCAGAUGGUUAGUUUGCUUCUAAUGCUUCUAAUGUUAGUACACGAGUGUUUAUAAUUUCUAGACGAUGUUGUGCGUUUAAACUGGGUGUAAUUUAAUUCUGAAAAGUAAAUAGUAUAACCAACAUCUUUUAAAUAUUCCGAUUUAAGGUAUCAUCUCAAAGCAGAAGGACAUUUAUAUACCAGCUUUGUCACAAAACUAAAAUCAGACAAAUGCUGCCCAAAAUUGGUUUCUUUGGGAAUAGUAUGCUGAAAAGUAGUUUUUUCCUAAAUUCACCCAACAUUUUGAGAAUUGCCUAAAUAUAUUUAAUAAAAUUUAAAUAAUACAUAUGCUGUUAUCAGUUUAAAAUAACCAUUUUACUUAUUUUAAACAACAGAAUAUUAUUUUGCUUAUGCCCAAAUUAUCUAUUAAAAUAAUUCACAGGUAUUUUUACUUACAGAAAGUAAAGAAACAUAAAUAAUCUGAGCCGUAAAUAACAUUCUAUUUUUCAGAUGAUGUACACUGCCUGUUAGGGUGAUCCUGCCCUUCAAGGGUAUGAUACGUGGCUUCAUCCUUUAUACUGUGAGACUAUUUUUUAAGCUUCUAUAUUUUUUUAUCUUCUUUUUCUUGUUCCAAAUGGCACGUGUCAAUAAAGGCCAAGCUUAUUCUAGAAGACAGGGAUCAAAAGUAUUCAUAAAGUUUAGAGAGGAAGAUAGGUACAGAGGUUAUUACAAUAACAAUUAUAACACACAACAUACAGGUGACACUGAAGCUUGGCCUUUAAACACAUAUAUUUGUUAGACAAGACACAGAGAUGGAAAAAUGCAUGCUCUGCCUGGUGACCAGGAAGAAAUUCAAGGUAAAAGGACUACAGUGUAUCUGAUAGGAAAUGGCAAGUGCUAGAAUGGGGUAAGUCAGGGCUAGAAUGUGACAGAGUUCACUUGGACUUUUUUUCCUUUAGAGAGUAGGAAGCAUUCAAAGGUCUUAAGCAGGAAGACAAUGCCAGGUGUCCGGAAAAAAAAAGGAAAAUAAAAUCAUGGCAAUAUGGGUGAAAGAUUAUGGAUGACAGAUUAGAACGAGAGGAGACUAGUUAAUUUUGCAAUAUUUUGAGGCGUUAAGACCAGUAGACCUUAAGACAGCAGCAACAGAAAUAUAUAGUUUCAGGAGCCCCAUUAGAGGUAGAAGUGAGAGAGAAAAGGAAUUAGGAAGUGACACUGAGAUUUCUUUUCUGGGAGAUGAGAUUAAGGCUGGCACCAAAGAAAGACUUCUUAGAAUAUAUUUCUGCUUGGACCCCCCCCCCCCGGAUUGAAUUUACUUCUCAGUGAGAGGCCGGGCAACCGGGCAACAGCAGCCCUCUCCCACACUGUGGGCACGGUAGAAGAGGACGACACGGGACAGGUAUGGCCCAUGGGCAAAGCCAGAGGGAGUACCGGGCUGUUGAGCAGACACCAUUCCUGCAAUAAUCGUGUACAAACGAGGAUCAAAACCCACAUAGCACACUUGCCACCGCACCAAAACAUGACGUAUCUUAAAUCCUGAGGUGGCAGGGGGACUACAUUUUACCUGACAUAGGUUUGUCCCAUGCACAUUCCAUCACAUCACAUGGUCUCUUAUUCUAAUUCCAUGACUCAGCUCUGUGUCUCCAUUUCCUCAUCAGUAAAGCAGGGCUACUAACACUCACCUUGUCUACUUCUCAGGGUUGUUGUCAGGCUGUAAUGUAAUAAUAUAAAUAAAAGUGUCCUAAAAUCCUUAAUACAAAACACUAAGUGUUGUUAUUUUUAGUACCUGGACUUUUCUGAAGUUGGAAGAUGCUGAACACAAAAACAGGUUUUUGAAAUUCAAAGGUUAAGACUUGAAAGAAUGGCUAGGAUGUAAUAAUUUUACAUAGAUAUACUUAACAGGCUUUUGAAACUGAACACUUUUCUA